AUGUUUAACUUAGCUAAUUUAGAUGAAAAGGUGCAGAUUGCUUACCGGCGCAGGAUCAAGAAGCUGAAGAAGGGUGAUUUCGUUAACGAGAGCUCUGCGAGUACCGAAUCAGAUAUCGAAGAGAGAGACUUUGAAUACAAGAGGCUCGUUUCGGAUCUUCAGAGUGAGUCACACAACUCUGAUGAAAAGUUUAAAAAAUGGUUUCUCAGGAUAAGGGAUUGUCUUGCUCAAUUGUAUGCAAAGGAUAUUACUCACGUUGACAAGCAAGAGCUCGAGAGAUUCAAGCUGCAUUCCGAACAGAUGAGAGUAGAAGAACACCUCCGACUCCACAAGAUGAAGUGA